CGCUACCAUCCACUUUUCUCGUUUGUCUUGGGGGGCAGAAAAAAAAGCAGCUGUUGCUUUGGAAGAUGGCGAGCUGCCGCCCCCUCUACUGCUGGCUUCUCUUCUCCCACUUGGGGUCCCUUGGCUGUACUGUCACAUCCACUAUCCACUUUUUUCUCUCUUUCUUAUCAACAACUGUUAAGUCUGGGGUGUUGUAUGCAGAUGAUCGUCUGUGUGAAUUCUAAAGUCUCAGAGCACUUUAGCUUCUUCAUAUUCUGUUUGUCUAUUUUGCCGUUCCUCCAGUUGUUUCUUGCAGACUAUAAAACAUAUGGAAUCACUGUGUAUUCAGACAAUGAACGUGUUACAGCGAGAGAAUUUGAAGGGGUAUAUCUGAGUUGUAAGCACAAUGUAAAGAAAGAAAUUGGUGCAAGGGUUGAAUGGAAAAAGAUUAAAGGCACCAGUGUCUCAUAUGUCUACUUGAAUGGUUUCUUUGUAGGUAAUUUUAAAGAUCGAGCUGAAAUAUUGCACUCAAGCAUUCAAAUUAAAAAUGUGACUAGAAAGGAUUCUGGAAAGUAUCGUUGUGAAAUUAGUGCACCUACAGAACAAGGACAAGAAGCAGGGGAAAUUGAAGUCUCUCUCUUAGUCUUGGUGCCAUCAUCUGCUCCUGUUUGUGAAGUGCCCAUUUCAGCUCUUAGUGGGACAGUAGUAGAAUUGCGAUGCAAAGAAAGUGAAGGUGUGCCAGCUUCAAAAUACAGUUGGUAUCGGAAUGGUGCUAUUCUGCCUGAGAACCCAUUGUUUUGGAGGUUCAAAAAAAGGAACAUUUCUUAUACUUUGAAUACUACGACAGGAACCUUGCUGUUCAAUCCUGUUUCAAAGAAUGACACUGGGGAAUACUACUGUGAAGCUCACAAUAAAGUAGGACGGCCUCAAAGGUGUCCUGCGAAGAGGAUGCAAGUUGAUGACCUUAAUGUAAGUGCAAUCAUAGCUUCGGUGGUUAUUGUGGCCUUAAUAAUGGCUUCCUGUGGUCUUGGGGUAUAUUAUGCACAGAAGAAGGGUUAUUUUUCAAAAAGGAAUUCUUCAAUGAAUAUGAGUUCCAAGUACAGAGUUACAGAAAGUGAAAAGGAUUUCAAGCACACCAAGUCCUUUAUUAUUUAAAAGAAAAUCGAUUUCUGAGGAUCACAAUUUGCUGCAGAAGUAUCAAAGGGAUGAACUCUUCUGUAAAAACGUUAGGAGCAACAACAAAAACUUGGUGGCAGAUUCAAGAUUCUGUGGCUAAAAGGUGGUAAAAGCUGUCAAAAAUGUUAGUCUGAUGUUGCUUCUUUAAAAAAGGAGUGGGAAUAAUUGGCAGAAUAUAAAUAUAUUAUUGCUGUUUCACAUAUCUACAUGUAAAGAAAUUGUGAACUAAUGGUAUAGUUCUGAUUACAUCUCAAAAUGGGUACUGUUUGAAUAGGAAAAUGUAUGUGAAAGAUUGGUGUUUUCUCACUGACAGCAUUAGCUCCCAUGGCCUUUUGGUGACAUAUGGACGAAAAUAUUCCAUACAGGCAAAAAACAGUAUUCACAUUAUAAAUUUCUGUGAUUUUUUCCUAUAAUUAAUAUGUGACCACUAUUGGCUUGGAUGGCAUGGAAUGAGAAUUGGACAAAAUCAUUUAAAAUAAGACUAAAAUGGCUACCAGUUGUGAUAAAUAAAUACUAUUUCCCAUUUUUUACAAAGAGUAUUAGUUUGUGGAGACAAAUGUAGAAGGCUAUUGCCUUUAACUUCUCAGAGGUUGAUGGAAGCAUUAGGCACUAGGAUCAGAAACUGGAUUACAUAGCACUUUGAUCUAAUUAAGGGGGCUAAUUAUAAAACCACUUUUCUGAAUGGAACUCUGUGAAAGGAAUAGCCUUAAACAAUUAUCCAUAUUAUUCCAAAACAGAGUUUGGGGUUUUGGCAUUCACGGAGGACUUGCUCUUUCUCUAAAGUUGCUGCUAUAAUUGCUAAGGAAAAUAAAAUUGCAAUCAGUCUGGUCUCAGUCUAUAAUAACCAGAUAAUUUUAUGAAGCAGAAAUAUUUCUAACAAAUUGAUUUGAAAAUUAUUAUCCAUUUAAAUCAUUAAUUUGGAUUUGAGGGUAAAUAUGUUUUGUUGCUGUUGUAGGGCUAGGAUCAAGACAAUAACACUCAUCAAGAGUAGACUGAGAUAAUGAUAAAAGAAUAUGUGUCUUUAUUUAGUCUGAAACUUUAUUCAAAUAUGUGUAAUCUACUGCAGAACCAAAUGGAGUUGGCAACCUCUCAAUGACGAAGGACUACUCUUUUCUUUUUUAUUUGUAUGACUGGACUUCCUACUUUUGAGGUGGGGACUAAUUAUCGAAAUAAAUGAAUCCUAAAUAUA